UCUUCCGAAACUCCGAUACGUUACGAUACGAGUACUACGUAACGGGCGAAAAUGGAAGCGGGGGGAGGAAAGGUGAAGAAGGGCGCGGGGGGGAGGAGAGGGGGCGGUGGACCGAAGAAGAAGCCCGUGUCGCGGUCCAUUAAGGCCGGUCUACAGUUCCCCGUGGGCCGUAUCGGCCGAUUCCUCAAAAAGGGCCGAUACGCACAGCGUGUCGGAACGGGCGCCCCCGUUUACCUCGCCGCGGUCCUCGAAUACCUCGCCGCCGAGGUUUUGGAGCUUGCGGGGAACGCGGCGAGGGACAACAAGAAGAACCGGAUCAUACCGCGCCACGUGUUGCUCGCGAUUCGGAACGACGAGGAGCUGGGGAAGCUCCUCGCGGGGGUGACGAUCGCGCACGGAGGGGUUCUACCGAACAUAAACCCGGUCUUGCUUCCGAAAAAGUCGUCGGAGAAGGCCACGAAGGAGCCCAAAUCGCCGUCGAAAUCCGCCGCUACCAAAUCCCCCAAAAAGGCUUAGAUCGAUCGGACAAGCUAUUAGGGUUUUAAGAUUAGUGUUUUUUUUUUUUUGUGCUGGUAUGAACUUGUAGUGAACUACUAUGUUUAAAUUUAAAGAGAAAUGGAGCUUCUGAGUUUCGUGUUUUUCUCUCUUUUUUA